AUGUCGUCGCGCACGCGGGCUGCGCACGCGCGCGCAGCCAUCGAUCCAUCGCUGCGCGCGAGUAUCGUGCAUCUGCCUGCGUCGCUAUGUUCGACGCUGCUCGCGCGCCAAGUCGUGCCUCAGACGCUCAUCGUGGAGCUGGGCACCGAGCACCACACCUACUAUGCCGGCUGGACAGGCCUCAGCGCCAGCGCAUCAGUGCUGAGUGACCCGCACGCGAGCGAGUGCGUCGUGCUGAGCCCCGCGCUGGCCACUCUCUUUACGCCGCCCGUCACCGACGGCACGGAGCUCUCACUCCGCCUUUUCCGCUCGCCGCCGGUGCCAGUGGCGCAGCAGGUGUACGUGUCGCCUUUGUCGCCGGACGACUGGGAAAUCCUCAGCGUGCAUGCAGAUGAGGUCGAGAACAAUAUGCUCGCGCAGGGCCAGGUGCUCGCUGUUGCCGUGGGCCGCAGCGCCUCGACCGUCGUACAGUUCGCGGUGGACCGCACAGUGCCGCCUACGCGCACUGUAGCAGAGGACGCCGAGGACGGCGGCGCCAGCAUUGCAGUGCGCCUAUCUACCGACACCGAGGUCAUCAUCGCGCCCCGCGAGCGCGAAGCGGCAGAGCCGCCCAAAAGCAUCCUGGGUGCGGCGCCUGCGCCGCACGGCCCUCUUACCGCCGCCACUGCCCAGGCGGCCCUCGGCUCCGUGCUGUGGCGCGUGCUCCCUGCUGCCUUUCCUCUAGACGACACGCGGGAUCACAGCUGGUCGCUCGUCGUGCCAGCAGCCAUGGUCCCCGCGGACACCGCGCAGCCGGCCUAUGAGCUCGUGGCUCUUGCCUUUAAGCACGGGAAGCUGUGCGUCACACAGGCCGCAUGCCCGUCGGUAGAUGCGGCCACGGAGCAGGCACCGGCCGCCGCCACAGCGAGCGCCUCGUUCAUGGCCGGCGCGCCGCCGGAAGAGGAUACGCAUCUGCUGUGGCCGGAGCGGCAUGUGUGGAUGGGCGCUGCGCUCCGUGAGAAGCUCGGCGUGCAGGACGGAGACCUCGUGCGCCUCUCUGCGCCGCCGCCCGGUGCCGUGCGCGAUGCCAGUGUUCCCGACGGGGGCGCGCACCUGCUGGCGGCUACGCUCCCUGGCCAGGCCGGCCUCAAUCCAUGGCUCAGCACUGGUCUCGACGCCGUGCGCGGUACGCACCGUGCACGCGCGCUCGCAGCGACGGAGCAGGGCCGCCUGGACCGCUGGGCCCCCGGCGCAGCGCCACCCGACGCCGCCUUACCUGCCGUGCGUGCGUCGCCGUUUGCAGGCGCGAGUGCCAUGCUCCUGACGGGCCCCUCGGGCGCCGGGAAGACGACCGUGGCCAAGGCGAUCGGCGAGCAUCUGGCGCACGAUCCUGCGCUGCUGUAUCGCACAUAUGUGCUGGACUGUGCGCAGUAUGUGGAAGAGCGCCUGCCGCUUGUGCGCGCGCGCUUCAAAGAGUGGAUGGACGCAGCGGCCUGGCACGCGCCGUCGCUGGUCGUGCUGGACAAUCUCGAUACACUCGUGCCGGCCGACGGCGAGCAUGUGGAUGCAUGGCGCUCCGGCCACCUGGCGCGCGCACUGGUGGAGCGCGUCGAGGAGGUCGUGCAGGACUACGACGUGUUUGUGUUGGCGACGGCGCAGUCGCCCACCGACGUGCAUGCCGUGGUGCAAAACGCGCGGAUCUGGUCCACGACGUGCGCGAUCCAGCCGCCCGACAAGGACGCACGCGCGGACAUUCUCCGCACCCUCGUCCAGGCCAGGGCGGAGCGCCUUGCGCGGCCGCCGCCUGAGCUCGACUAUGUCGAGCUUGUCCUGCACACGGACGGGUACCAUGUGGCGGAUCUACAGACGCUCACGGAGCGUGCGAUGCACGAGGCUACGAUGCGCUGCUUGAUGCAGGCGCGCGACAUCGAUCUCGACAUGGCUGACUUUGCUCGUGCCCGCGAGGGAUUUACGCCGCUCUCGCUGCGUGAUGUGCAGCUGCAAGACUCGUCGACGCAGUGGGCCGACAUUGGUGGUCUUCAUGCGACGCGUCAGACCCUCCGCGAGACACUCGAGUGGCCGACCAAGUAUGCGGCGAUCUUCGCCAACUGCCCCUUGCGCCUGCGCUCGGGUCUUCUGCUCUAUGGCUACCCGGGGUGCGGCAAGACGCUCCUCGCCAGCGCCGUGGCGAAGGAGUGUGGCCUCCACUUCAUCAGUGUCAAGGGGCCCGAGAUUCUGAACAAGUACAUUGGUGCCUCGGAGAAGUCGGUGCGUGACCUCUUCGAGCGUGCGCAGGCGGCCAAGCCGUGCGUGUUGUUUUUUGACGAGUUCGACUCGAUUGCACCGAAGCGUGGGCACGACAGCACGGGCGUUACGGACCGCGUCGUCAAUCAGCUGCUCACGCAGAUGGACGGUGCCGAGGGCCUCGAUGGCGUCUACGUGCUCGCCGCCACCUCGCGCCCUGAUCUCAUUGAUGCGGCCCUGCUGCGUCCAGGCCGUCUCGACAAGUCGCUCCUGUGCGAUAUGCCCUCCCUGGACGACCGUGCCGACAUUUUGCGGGCACUUGCGCGCAAGAUCGCGCUUGCGGACGACGUCGACCUCGACGACUGGGCGCGCCGCACGGACGGCUAUUCGGGUGCGGAUUUGCAGGCUUUGUUGUACAAUGCCAGCUUGGAGGCGAUUAACGAGGUGAUUCGCGCCUCCGAGGCGGAUGUGGCGCAGGAUGGCGAGGCCGACGCGGCGGCACCGCUUGCGGUGCCGUUCGUGGCUCUGGCGCCGGGCGAUGACCCCGCGCCGAGUCAGGCAGCGCAGGCAGCGCUCCAUGAUCGGUUCCACCGGAUGCUCCAAGUCGACGAUACCACACAGCGUGCACCACGCGCGGGUGCAGCGAGCGCUGUGCCUGAUAAGCGACUCGUGAGCACGCGCCACCUGACGACGUCCUUCCAGACCACACGCCCCAGUGUGCCUCACUCGGAGGUGCUGCGCUUACGCCGCAUCUACCAAGAGUUUGCGGGCGAUCGCAGCGGCACCUUUCCGGAUGGCGCGUCAGGCGAACAGCCGGGGAUGCGCACGAGCCUUAUGUAG